GGCGCUGUAAGCCGCACACUGGGGGCGGGGCCAAGGAAGCAGCGACAGAAACAUGGCGUCCCCGAUAGUCGAGCUCGAGUCGCUUGAGAAGACGUUGGGAUUUCGGACACGAAGCAAACUGGCGCAAAGCAAGGGCGAUAGUUCGGUCCCUGUACUACAGACUAAUAAUGGUCCUGGUUUAGUGGGGUUGACUACCAUUGCAUCCCAUCUUGUAAAAGUGGCAAAAAAAGAGGCACUCUUGGGAAGCACAGCAGAGGAGAGUGCUAUAGUUCAGCAGUGGCUCGAAUAUAGAAUCACUCGAAUAGACAGUUGUAACAGUCAAGAGGAUAGAAGAAUGGUUUUAAAGGAACUCAAUUGUUACCUUGAAGAUAAAGUAUACCUUGCUGGAAACAGCUUGACAUUAGCAGAUAUCAUGGUGUACAAUGGUCUUCAUCCUGUCAUGGCUGAACUAAACCACGAGGAGCGAGAGAGAUAUGUAAAUGUUUCAAGGUGGUUCAACCACAUCCAGCACUGUCCUGGAGUCCGACAACACUCUGCUGCGAUCGUCUUCAUGAGGAACAGGCUCUAUCCUACCAUCCACUAGGAAAGCUGCAUAUGGUCUUCUUCAGUCAUGCCGAAUUGGAACAUCUGCUUGUCAGAAUUGAAGUAGAGAAGGUUGACAUGGGCACAUCUUCUGAUUCUAGCUCACAGGAGAACAUGCCUGUUGUUCUUUUGUCUGCUUGCUGUGUUUGGUUUUGGUGAAAACAUAACAUACAGCAAAUUAUUUUUAAAAUUUCAUUUGCAUUUUUAUUUAACUCAAAUUAGGUUCAGGUGUCAAUGUUACAGGCUUUAUUGUGCUACCAUUUCUGUUUUAGUAAAUCGUGUUUAAAAUGGUUAUGCAAAGUUAACAUGAGUCUUAUUUCUGAGCAGAACCUUGUCUAUUUUACAAAGUGUGUUGUUGGUUUACUUCAGGCACUAAAUAACUUAGAAGUCUCUAAAUAACAAUUCCAGUUAGCAAAGGCAAGUGUCUGGAAAUCAAAUGUUUAGGCUGAAUUUUUAAGUGCCACUCCACUAAGUGGAGUGAAAAUAUGGUGAUGCUUUUGGUGCAUAACACUGAAGAAAGAUCGAAACAUUUUUAACUGUUACCUAAUGCUGGCAAUGAAAAUACAAUAACACUUGCUCUGGAGUAUUCUGUUUAAUUCUGGAAAAUGAAAGUGUGCAUUGAACAUAUUUUUCUAAAUGUUUCAACCAGCCGUAGCACUUUUUUUCUCAUUGUGACUCAAGUUCCAUAACCAACAAAUGUUUUUGCAAGCUUUUGAAAUUAUUUUAAAAUAUGUUGUUUACAUCAUUUUACUCUAAAAUUUGUGGAAAAGUGCCAAUUCUGAAGAACAUGUCAAAGGGUGCCAGCAACCUUAGCUUGACUGUGAAGAUUCCUACUUAUGUGUAGCUAUAUCAUUUGACUAUAAUAAUGGUAAUCUCUUGGAGUGUGUCUGCAGCAAAUUUAUCAAUAUUUAUUGAUGGGUAUUUGGAAUUCAUUCUCUAUGUGAAAAUAAAUCAUUAAAAUUGAA